AUAUAUAUAUAUAUAUAUAUAUAUAUAUAUAAAUGGUGUCUUCUUCUACGCUUUCUCUCUGUCCUCAUCCAAAGAUUAAUUUCGGAUUUCAGAACAAACAUAGAACCGAAUUCUGGACCGUAAGCUCCACCGGAAGCGGUUCAUUGCUGCAGAACCGGAAUGCGGCGGGUGUGGUGUUGCCUUUUACUCUAGUUAGCAUCACUUGGAGACCAUUGCAUUCCAAAAAAAUCAGCGUUAGAGCAGCGGCUUCCGGUUCCGGUGGUAGAAGUUCGAGGAGCGGCUCUAGUUCUCGCAGAGUUUACCAGCAGUCUCAGGCGCAAUCUCCGCUUGCUCCGGUGAAAGAAAUUGCCGCCUCUGUUCUGCCUGUUGGCGCCUUUGUUGUUGUGACGUUUGUUUUAUGGAAAUUGGUGGAGAAAAUCCUUCUACCAAAACCGCCUAAAUCUGUAGCUGAAGAGAAUCAACCUGGUCAGGGUUUGAAGUGGUCAUUUGCCCCUGGUACAAAUUUGUUGUCGUCUUUUGGAGCGAAGAUUGAAAGGGAAUCCAAGCUGAAGCUAAAUGAUUUUGCCAAAGAGCUUAGGUCAUUCCAAAGUGUUGACAUGUCAGGUCGCAACUUUGGGGAUGAAGGGCUAUUCUUCCUAGCUGAGAGUUUAGCAUAUAAUCAGACUGCUGAAGAAGUGAGUUUUGCUGCGAAUGGGAUUACUGCUGAUGGAAUUAAGGCAUUUGAUGGGGUUUUGCAAUCAAAUAUUGCACUAAGAUCUCUUAACUUAUCUGGAAAUUCUAUUGGAGAUGAAGGAGUCAAAUGUUUAUGUGACAUUCUGGUUAACAAUUCUGGUAUUCAGAAGCUACAGCUUAGCAGUAGUUCAUUUGGGGACGAGGGAGCAAAGGCAAUUGCUGAAAUGUUGAAGAAAAAUUCAACCCUGCGUAUCAUUGAACUCAAUAACAAUUUGAUUGACUACUCUGGAUUUUCAGGCCUUGCUGGAGCGAUUCUCGAGAAUAAAACGAUAUUGUCCAUGCACCUCAACGGCAAUUAUGGUGGUCCCCUUGGUGCAGCUGCAUUGGGCAAAGGGCUUGAGGGAAACAAAUCAUUGAGGGAACUGUAUUUGCAAGGGAACUCUAUUGGAGAUGAAGGAGUACGUGCUCUGAUGGCUGGCUUGGCUACUCACAAAGGGAAGCUUACGGCAUUGGAUCUUGCAAAUAAUUCAAUUAGCGCGAAAGGUGCCUUUCAUGUUGCUGAAUAUGUCAAAAAAAGCAAGAGUUUGUUGUGGAUUAGUCUUUACAUGAAUGAUAUUGGAGACGAGGGAGCUGAAAGAAUGGCGGAUGCUUUGAAGCAAAAUCGCUCAGUUACAAAUGUUGAUCUAGGAGGAAAUGACAUUCACGCAAAAGGGAUCACUGAAAUAGCGCAAGUUCUGAAGGACAAUUCCGUCAUUACUGCUUUGGAAAUUGGUUAUAAUCCCAUCGGACCUGAUGGUGCAAAGGCAUUAGCAGAAGUUCUUAAAUUCCACGGCAGCGUAAAAGAUCUCAUGCUUGGUUGGUGUCAGAUAGGACCAAGUGGAGCUGAAUACAUUGCAGAUAUGCUGAAAUACAAUAGCACCAUAUCGAGCCUAGAUUUACGAGCCAAUGGUCUAAGAGAUGAGGGGGCAAUCUGCCUUGCUCGAAGCUUAAAGGUCGUUAAUGAAGCGUUGACGUCGCUAAAUCUUGGUUUCAAUGAGAUAAGAGAUGAAGGAGCCUUUUCUAUUGCUCAAGCACUCAAGGCUAACGAAGAUGUCAGGCUUUCAUCGUUAAAUCUUAUGAACAACUUUCUUACCAAAUUGGGACAGAGUGCGAUCACAGACGCGAGCGACCAUGUAUACGAGAUGAAUGAAAAGGAGCUUAAUGUUGUCUUCUAGAUGAGUUCUCUUCACAAGAGGAAUAUUCUUUUUUUUUUAUUGGUUGGGUUAAUACUU